AUGCUUGCUAGAUCUUUCCUAUCCAUGCAGAGAAAAUCCUUUGCUAGAGCAUUCUCCACUGCCAACAAGAACUAUGACAUCACUGUCAUUGGAGGAGGCCCAGGAGGAUACGUCGCUGCUAUUAAGGCUGCCCAGCUUGGCUUCAAGACUGCCAUCGUUGAGAAGAGGGGUACCUUAGGAGGAACAUGCUUGAACGUCGGAUGUAUUCCUUCAAAAGCACUUCUUAACUCAUCCCACAAAUAUGAAGAUGCUGUCCAGCACUUUGCUGAAUAUGGAGUCUAUGCUGACAAUGUCAGAUUUGAUCUCGACCAAAUGAUGAAGCAGAAGGAAUCUGCUGUCAAGGGACUGACUCAAGGUAUCGAAUUCCUCAUGAAGAAGAAUAAGGUCGAUUACUACAAGGGAUGGGGUAAAUUUGCUGAUGCUAAUACCAUCUCUAUUGACCUUAACGAGGGAAAGACUGAAUCUAUUAGCUCAAAGAACACCAUCAUUGCUACUGGAAGUGAGCCAUCCCCUCUUCCUGGAGGUGGCCUCAAGAUCGAUGAGAAGAGAGUCAUCAGUAGUACUGGAGCAUUAUCGCUCAAUGAAGUGCCAAAGAAAUUGGUCUUAAUCGGUGGAGGAGUUAUCGGACUCGAAAUGGGAAGCGUUUACAGCAGACUUGGAUCUGAAGUUAUCGUUGUUGAAUUUAUGGACAGGAUCAUGCCUACUUUCGAUAAAGAGAUCUCAAGAACAUUCACUAAUAUCCUUAAGAAGAGAGGAUUCAAGUUCAUGUUUGGCACCAAGGUCCUUGGAGGAGACGUUAGAGAAGAUGGUGUCACCCUUAACAUGGAGAGUGUUAAUGGAGACAAGUUAGACCCUCUUGAUGCUGAUUAUGUCCUCAUUGCUACUGGAAGAAGACCAUUUACUGAAGGACUUGGUCUCGAAAAUAUUGGUGUUACUCCAGAUAGAUUAGGUAUGAUUGAAGUAAACGAUCACUUUGCUACUGUCACUCCUAACGUUUAUGCCAUUGGAGAUGUUAUCAGAGGACCAAUGCUUGCACAUAAAGCUGAAGAGGAAGGAGUCUGUGUUGUUGAAAACCUGAAGGGACUAGUGGGCCAUGUCAACUACGAUGCCAUCCCAGGAGUAGUGUACACUCAUCCUGAGAUUGCUACUGUUGGAAAAACUGAGGAAGAACUAAAGGGAGAAGGAGUUAAAUAUGCUGUAGGAAAGUUCCCAUUCUCAGCUAACAGCAGAGCCAGAACUAAUAGCGAGCCAGAUGGACUUGUUAAGGUAUUGACUGAGAAAUCUACUGACAAACUUUUGGGAGUCCAUAUCAUUGGAAGCAAUGCUGGAGAAUUGAUUGCUGAAGCAGUUGUUGGUAUGGAGUAUGGAGCAUCUUCUGAAGAUAUUGCUAGAACUUGCCAUGCUCAUCCAACCCUUUCUGAAGCUGUUAAGGAAGCAAUGAUGGCCGCUCAUGACAAGCCUAUCCACAUGUAA